AUGAUGCAUAGACCUUAUUACAUUAUUUUGUUAUUGGCCUUUAUUUCUAUAAUCGCAGCAGACGACUGUGACUAUAAUACACCUUGUAAGUGCCCUACUGGUGUUGAUAAUAAUAUACACUGUGGUGGUGAACUUGGUACAAUAUAUGGCUGCAACUAUACUCACGUCUAUCAAUGUAGCCUUACUGGCAAAAUUUGUGAUUUUGGUUAUCGUAAAUCUUGCGCCGAGUGCGGGGCUUUACAGUGUAAUAAAUCUGUUGGUUUGACAAGCUCCAGUCCAACUCCACCUCAACCUACUACUGUGACAAACUCCAGUCAAAUUCCUUCAAUUAAUAUAUCUACAUCAACAAAAUAUGAAAUUGCAACAAAAACUGAAACACCAACAGAUGAUCCAACCUCUCCUCAAAAAAAUUUGUAUAUUGGAAUUGGAAUUGGUAGUGGUAUAGGCGGAAUAGUUUUUUAA